AUGGACUCUCCGCCAACACCACAGCACCCCGCUGCCAACGAGGAGGUCAAGGAGCUACCGCAGGGGACACUCCCGGAGUCUACCAUGCAAAAUAUCGACUUGAAUCCAGACUUGGAGAUGCUGGACGAGGAAAACGAGCAAAAUGGAGAAGAUGUAAAGGAAGAUAAUGAAGAAAACGAAGAGAAAAUGGCUUCAAAUGAGGGUCCAGGAGGGUUUAUUGGAGCUCAAGAAGGCACGGAGUACCCUCUUAAUUACGAAAAAACCAACAAAAAUGAAAUCAAUGGCAAAAAUGACGGUUCCAAUGACAGUAAUGACUACCAAAAUACAAUUAAAUCCCCGGAACAUCCCCAAUACAAGCUCCAGUCCUCUGUGGACCAAUUGGACCAUUCACCAAUAACAUUGGCCCAACAAAGCAAAUUAAUCAACUAUGUCGAUGCCCAGUUGCUUGCCAUACAGCGUCGCUUUGUCAAGAGCCAGGCAGAUACUUCUCAACCAUAUCCGUUGCUAGACCUCCUACGCGACACCCAGUCUGUGGUGGACAUUAUCUGGUGCUCAGUGAGUACUCAUAGCAAAUUAUUUGGCCAGCCUGAGUAUAUGGUUUCUCUCCUAGGCAGCCUUGAAGACUACUUGCUGCAUUACGAUUUGGCAGAAGCUCAGCAACAACUCUUUGGUUUUUUUCGCAUUCUUGACCAAAGGCUUUCUACAUUGAUAGACGGAUACACCUACGAAGGCCAUAUUGAAAAGAUAAGUCAAACCCUACUUGUGCGGUUGGUGCCCAUCGUGUCCAGGGUUCGAGUUCUAGUGGUUACAAAGUUGGGAAGUACCCGAGAAAAACUUGCAAAAGAGGUCAUGGAGACGGAAAGUACAGACAACGAAAAUGCUAGAGCGGAAUUGGACUGUCUUGAGCUUGAAAUAGGCAACUUGCUUGAGGGAGUGCUUGAAAGAUUGGAAUGA